AGCGAGACGCCAGAUGUUUCGAUACUUGCGUGAGUAGUUUAGUGCCUUUUCGCAUUCGCACACUGUCUGUCGAUAUUUUUGACUCGCCUAUCGAUGAAGCUAAGCAGCUGAGUGAUUGUGUUUGUGUAUUUAGUGAAUGGCUGAAACAAACAACCGAUUUGCAGGACGGGAUUAGGAUUAAAAUAAAGGACCACGAGCGGAAAUAUGAGUUUGCCGAAUGCAAACAACAAUAAUCAUGCAUCGUCACCCAUCUACAACAAUAGCAACAAGUCUGUCAUAAAAAAGAGUUCAAAAACCGAUUUGAUGCGAGCGGCGGUCGGUUUGUUGCUAAAGCAAAAGAAUUAUGUGGGAAAUGAAAAGCUAAGGCGAUCCGAUUUCGUACUAAUGCAAAACAAAAAUCAAUUUGGGGUAAACAAAAUGCUGGACUCUGAUCUGCAUGGCGGCAAUAGUUUCAGUUAUUCGAAUGUGCAGGUGAUAACAAAUAAUCAACACAUGGUGGAUCAGCAAUUUGGCCGCUUUUCGCAAUUUGUGGAAGCGCAGCCAGAGCCACUGCGUGUUGAAAUGAAACGUUUCUAUGCGCCCAUGCUGUGCCAUUUGUACCUUGAGCUGCUAAAAGCGCGCGAACCCAAAGGCGCUGUGGAAUUUCUGAAGAAAUAUGCACAUUUGGUGGCACCAGUUGAUCUCUAUGAUGCACCAAUGCCCACCAAGAUCAAUGGCUGCUCUGUGAUGAGUGAAUCGCAAUUGUCAGCAACACCCGAUUUCCACAUACGUUUUGCGCGCGAAGCACAGGAAUCUGGCGACGCAGAGCUGGAUUACUUUAUGAAGUUGGUACAAAUACUGUCCAGUUGCACAAAGCUGGAAGCGGCUGAGGCAGAUGCCACAGUAGCACAUUUUCGUGGCUCUAAGUAUGAGUUGCAUACAACAUCACUGGUGAUGGACAGAUUAUGUUCGUUUCUGCAACAGCGUGGCCAUGUGCUAAUUAUGAAUUUAAUAUUCAAUUGGCUGCAUAUACACAUAGUGGACAAUGAACAGUCACUCAAUACUGAAGAUCAUCUGCUGGGCACUGCUGAAGAAAUGGAUGCGACUGAAGACAUUGAUCCUGAAGAACAUGCACCUGUCACUUUUAUCAACCGCAGCGAGCACAUCAAGUCUAGCAAGAAUCCCAAGAAGCGCCCUGCUGAGGAGUCUACCAUUAAACUGGAGGCUGAGAUUAAAUCAGAGUGCAAGUCUGUGGUUGAGACCGAUGGUGCGACAGCAGCUGCUGCACCUGGUGCUGAUGAUAAGACAAAGAUUAACAUUGAUGCUUGCCUGCUUACACUUAAUACAUGCUCUGCGGAAAUACUGAAAGCACAAGUGGAAAUGCCACGUUUCUACAAAAUCAACGAACGCUCACGUGGACUCAGCUCAACGCAUUUGGAUGCAAGCGAGUGUCAUAUGCUGGCGGGCUUUGAUAACUCUGCCGUACAGAUCUGGCAGCUAAAUCAGCAAAGUUGUCAAGGCAAAAGCUUUUAUAGACUGGCGUCGCGGGCACAAUGCUCCUGGGAGCUAAACAAUUGCUCAGAUGAGGAGCUGGAAAGCGAUGAGGAAUCACCCUACAGCGAGGAGCAGCAGCGCACCAAAUAUGCAGACAACUCAUUCAAUGAGUAUGGCGGCUUGAUGCUGCGUGGCCAUACCAGCGGUGUCACCACUGUGCGUUUUUCAGCUCAUUAUCCUGUGUUCUAUAGCGCUUCGAAGGACUGUACCUUUCGCUGCUGGCGUGCCAGUAAUUUGGAAUGUGCUGCCAUUUAUCGCAGUCAUAAUUAUCCCAUCUGGUGCUUGGAUGAGAGUCCCUUAGGUCAAUAUGUUGUGACAGGCUCAAAGGACUUGAGUGCACGCCUCUGGAGCUUGGAGCGCGAACAUGCACUCAUCAUAUAUGCUGGGCAUACCCAAGAUGUUGAGUGCAUACGCUUUCAUCCCAAUGGCAAUUAUUUGGCCACAGGCUCAGCGGAUCAUUCAGUUCGUCUAUGGUGCACAACUAGUGGCAAACUUAUGCGCGUGUUUGCCGAUUGCAAACAAGCUGUUACUAGUCUAGCUUUUAGUAGCGAUGGCAAAAUGCUGGCCGCUGCCGGUGACGAGUCAAAGGUGCGUAUUUUUGACUUGGCGGCUGGUGCACAGCUCUGCGAGCUUAAGGAUCAUACUGCUAGCGUUAGCUCUGUAGCCUGGAGUACGCAAAGUCAACAAUUGGCCACAGUCUGCACUGAUGGCAGUCUAAGACUUUGGGACGUUAAGAAAUUAACGACCAUGAGUGAUAGCAGCAGCUACUCAUCAUCUUCAUCAUCGUCAGCUACAACGAAUCGUCUGUUAACUAUGAAUAGUUCCUGCCAGCGCUUGAUCGAUGUUUACUAUGGACGUAGCAAAACGCUUUAUUGCAUAGGCACUUAAAAAACAUAACUGAAUUUGCAUUUGUUUUUAAAAUAAUU